UGUAGUGGAAGAAAGGCAAGAGAGAAACGGAGUAAAUGAGAGCACUUUGUCCAGAUUGUUCAAGGACUUAUCAACUAAAAAUACCGCCGAAACAGCCCACUAGAAUGAGACGGACACAGUGUUGAGUUCCCGUCCAGGUAAAUGUCCGCCUUUCCUUCGCAUGGUUCACUACAAGAGGCCGACAGCUAGACAGGGUAACCACCAUUGAAAAAGGCGGCCAUAAACCCGAAGACCCCAUCUCGAGGCUCGCGCAGAAGGCUGUGUGAAGGAGAGUCCUAAAGCAGAGUUGUGUCUCUCCCUGUGGGAAACCUGGAUCCUCCAUCCUGCCCACCAACAUGACCAAUGUGGUGAUCGUCAAGGAGGGAUGGCUGCAUAAAAGAGGAGAAUACAUCAAGACCUGGAGGCCGAGGUAUUUUCUCCUCAAGAGUGAUGGUACAUUCAUUGGCUACAAAGAGCGACCACAAGAUGUUGACCAGCUGGAAACCCCCUUAAAUAACUUCUCCGUUGCACAGUGCCAGCUGAUGAAGACGGAACGGCCUAAGCCCAACACAUUCAUCAUCCGCUGCCUGCAGUGGACCACUGUCAUCGAGCGCACCUUCCACGUGGAGACCCCCGAGGAGAGGGAAGAAUGGACCAAAGCCAUCCAGGCAGUGGCCGACAGCCUGCAGAAGCAGGAGGAGGAGAUGAUGGACUCCUCUCCAGACCCCAUGGACAUGGAGGUCUACUUGACCAAACCCAGACAGAAAGUGACUAUGCACGACUUUGAAUACCUCAAACUCCUGGGAAAAGGCACUUUUGGCAAAGUUAUUCUGGUAAAAGAGAAGGCCACGGGACGCUACUAUGCCAUGAAGAUCCUGAAGAAGGAGGUCAUCGUAGCGAAAGAUGAAGUGGCGCACACACUCACAGAAAACAGAGUCCUCCAGAAUUCAAAGCAUCCGUUCUUGACAGGACUGAAAUACUCCUUCCAGACACAUGACCGCCUGUGCUUUGUCAUGGAGUAUGCAAACGGGGGAGAGCUUUUCUUCCAUCUUUCUCGAGACCGGGUGUUCUCGGAGGAGCGGGCACGUUUCUACGGCGCGGAGAUCGUGUCGGCGCUGGAUUACCUGCACGCCGAGAGAAAUGUGGUUUAUCGAGAUCUUAAGCUGGAAAACCUCAUGCUGGACAAAGAUGGACACAUAAAGAUCACAGAUUUUGGCCUUUGCAAGGAGGGAAUCAAAGAUGGCGCCACCAUGAAGACAUUCUGUGGGACGCCAGAGUACCUCGCCCCGGAGGUGCUAGAAGACAACGACUACGGCCGAGCCGUGGACUGGUGGGGCCUCGGCGUGGUCAUGUACGAGAUGAUGUGCGGCAGGCUGCCCUUCUACAACCAGGACCACGAGAAGCUGUUCGAGCUCAUCCUCAUGGAGGAUAUCCGCUUCCCCCGAACGCUCGGCCCCGAGGCGCGCUCGCUGCUCUCUGGCCUGCUGAAGAAAGACCCCAUGCAGAGGUUAGGCGGAGGGCCUGAUGACGCCAAGGAAAUCAUGCAGCACAAGUUCUUUGCUGGAAUCGAAUGGCAGGAUGUUUAUGAGAAGAAGCUGGUGCCGCCGUUUAAGCCCCAAGUCACCUCGGAGACAGACACGAGAUAUUUUGACGAGGAGUUCACGGCGCAGACCAUCACCAUCACGCCGCCCGGACAAGAUGACAGUAUGGAGUCCUUCGACAGCGAGCGGAGACCCCACUUCCCCCAGUUCUCCUACUCUGCCAGCGGGACGGCCUGAUCCAGUCUCAAACAUUCCUCCGGCCCCACCCAUCUCCCCUCACCCCACCCGACUGCACUCUCAGAAGAGCGGGGCCGCGGCCCCCCCGUCCUCCCGGCAUUGUCUGCAGAUGCUGUUGCUGGACGCAACACUCAAAAUCUGCAUGUUGUCCCCCCCCCCCUUUUUUUUUUUUUUUUCUGCCUCCCGCCUUCACAGGAAGGAGGAAAUACAAAACAAAGAUGGCCGUGGUCUUUCUGUGUGGCCUUAGGAGAGCGACCACGGAGAUAACACUACCCUGCAUUUCCUGGUCCUUAUGUUGUAUACUGAGCGGGCAUCCAUACGCCAUAAUGAGCGGGGAAAUGUAAGCACCGAAUUAGGCUGUCACUUAAAACAUAUAUUGAUUGUGAGAGGUAUCAUUUAUUACGUUAAAAAACAUUUCAAAUAGAGAGUUAGGCAUGCUGAGGACCAAAAAACAUCAUGUGAGCAGAGAGUGUGUUGUAUGAGUGGGUGAUAAAUCCAUUUUUUUUGUUUUUAUUUUUGUUUUUGUCCCUGAGUCCAUUCAGACAUUUUUGGCGCUACAAGUGAAUGUAUCCUAUCCAAUAAAGUCAAUCUUCCUGCAUUCGUAUGUGUUGUAACCCGCGGCCGAUUCCACGGAGGCUGGAAUGCCACCCUCUGGACGUCGGGGUGGAAACCUGGCUCCGGCCGGCCUCCCGUAUUAUCGCGCCGCGCCACGGCGGGUCUGAGAAACCAUUUGUGCAAUCCAGUGAUGUGAGGAAUGACAGACAUGCGGGGAACGCAGCCUGAUUAAUCAUUACGGCCGGCCUGCAGUGAAUUCCUCUCGUAGCCGUCUGCCCAACAAAGUCAUUGUGAGACGCCCCCCAGUUUCCCGUCGGGGAUAAUCAACAGCUUCUCCAGCAGCCCUUAAAGUGCGUGCUUCUACUUCCUGAUGCCUUUCUAUGAUCUCGAUGCUGUGCUGCAGACUCCUCCUGGUUUCCUUUCUGAUCGGGGUCACUGGCAGCGACCCUGCAGAGACCUUUCUCUCCUCUGGGUUGUUCUUCCUCCAUGUACAGUUACACAAUUGGGUGGAUAUUUUUUUUAAUUUUUUUUCUCCACCCAGUGCAUUUACUGCAGCCUCAAUGAGGUCUCUUUAACAAGACGUGCUUCUUUAGGAAUACUUUGCAAAACCAUCUGGGCUUCGGGGGGAAACGCACACAGAGUCAUCUUUGAUUUUUUUUUUUUUUUGCUACUUUAGGGGACUUGUGUCCAUUCACGAGCUUCUGAGUUAUUUAUACGAGACCAGCAUCAACGAAAACGAGUUUCACUGUGCCAAUGAUAUGCACUUUGCUGCCCAAAAAUGAUUGUAUUUGGAUUUGUACUUUGUGGUUGGUAAAGACUAAAUUACAUUAAUUUCUAAUAUAAAUUCAGAUGUUGUGGAUACAAAAUAAAGAUUUGUUUGUUUGAAUGAUUUCUUCCCUGCUGAAGACGGCUGAGGAGAAACUCUGAGAGUUAAAGUGUGCUUAGAUUUUCCAAAAGCACUUCAGACUUUAAAAUAAGAUGAUCUUUUUGUUUUGUUUUUUC